AACGAUUGACUGCAUUUUCUCAGAGAAACAUGGCUGAAACUGCUCCAGCUGCCCCGCCUGCUAAAGCUCCUAAGAAGAAAGCGGCGUCCAAACCCAAGAAAACGGGCCCAAAUGUCCGCGAUCUCAUCGUCAAAACUGUGACCGCUUCUAAGGAGCGACAAGGAGUCUCCCUCGCAGCCCUAAAGAAAGCUCUCUCUGCCGGCGGCUACGAUGUGGAGAAGAACAAUUCCCGCGUUAAAAUCGCCGUCAAGGCUUUAGUGCUCAACGGCACUCUGGUUCAGACUAAAGGCACAGGCGCCUCUGGUUCCUUCAAGCUGAACAAGAAGCAAGCCGAGCCCAAGAAGAAGCCAGCGGCCAAGAAAACUGCAGCAAAGGCCAAGAAACCGGCCGCUAAGAAGUCGCCGAAGAAGGUGAAGAAACCGGCCGCCGCGAAGAAGGCGACAAAGAGCCCUAAGAAAGCCAAGAAGCCUGCAGCUGCCAAGAAAGCAACAAAAAGCCCCAAGAAGGUGAAGAAACCAGCGGCUGCCAAGAAAGCAACUAAGAGCCCCAAAAAGGCGAAAGUUGCAAAGCCCAAAACGGUGAAGCCAAAGGCGGCCAAGCCUAAGAAGGCCACUCCCAAGAAGAAGUAGAUAUUUCUCUUUCCCAAUUGAACAAAAAGGCUCUUUUAAGAGCCACCCACUUAAAACAAAAGAGCAGCAUUUCCAUAACACUCACCUUCAGUUUAUCUUGGUAUUGUCAUGAGUGACCUUUUCUUAGAAUUCAAAAUAAUACCCGAAAUAUAUUUAUGAUAUGGAGUAUAGUAUAGUGUUAUAAGAUUUCGAAAAUGUUUUACGACUAAACAAGUUUUUCUGUGGGUAUUUUGGGUCUUUGUCUUUUUUAAAACUUUACUAAUAAUCAAGAGGCAAAU